AUGGACUCGAGACAACCACCACAGAUCCCUUUCGCCCGUAAUAAUGCCGCAUCACCGUCCUUUACGCGCUCACCUUUUGCGCCUACUCCCGCCUCCUCGGGCCCGACAGCAACUUCUUCAUCAUACUCUUCCCGCCCAGCUCCUACUACCACGAGCCCUGCAACGGCUUACGCAGAACACCAACGACGUCCCUCCGACGCGAACCCCUUCUAUUCUUCCCACUCUCACUCAAGACCUCCGCCUCCGUACACCGCUGCCGAGCCUACGUCUCAUCCUGCCCAAGCUCAUGCGCGUCACCCAAGCUCGUCUUCUGUAAACAAUCCGCCCAUUCAUCGUGCCAUGCCACCGCCGUCGCCGCCUCAACAGCACCCUCAACAUCCGCCCCAGCAGCAGCCUCCACCGCCGCAUCAAAUGGGGCCCUACGGCGGCCCACCCGGUCCCCGCCCACCCCCCGUGAACCUUGGCCCUCCUAGUGCGUUUCCUUCGGGACGAGAAUUGCCUGCUCUUAAUUCUAUCGCUAGGACAGCCAAUCCUGGUGGAAGUAUGUCUAUCUCAUCUAUGCUCGGUGGCCCUCCGCCUGCGCCUCGCGAGCCUACACCUAGUCAUGCGCCGCCUUAUCCACCUCCUGCCACCACGUCCGCUGUUUCAGGUCCCGCAUAUGCUAGCUCCGUCCAUGCAUCACCACGGAUGCAGAAUGCCGCUGAUUACAACCCAUUCAAUCAGCGUCGGCCACAGACACCAGAUCAGGGACGACCACCGUUUGAUGGACGCGAUCACAGAGGGAGUACCGCUGGUUCUCCGCCUCGGGGCGUUUAUGGGACGCCUGAAUUGUCUAGGUAUGGUACGCCUCAGGCCUACCAGCAAAGACCCCCACCUAUGCCGACUACUGAAGACAGCAGGAGGGAAAGUGCGGCUCGUGUAAACGCUGCUAGUGUGCCUCCUCGGCCCAGUAGUCAACCACGCUCAUACCAUGGUAUGGCACCGAGACCCGCAGAGAUGGGCCGUGGCCCACCACCUUCACAUGGGGAUGCUAUGUAUGCGCCGCAUGAAGAAGGACGUCCGGGGGUUGUAGAAUACAACCCCGAGCGAGGGCCGCCGCGGCCAAUGCCCUACGAAGAACAACAUCGUCUAGCGGCCGAGCGAGAGCGCGAGUACAGGGAACGUGAAUACAGAGAAGCGGAACUAAGGGAGAGGGAGCGGGAGCGGGAACGACGCGAUAGAGAACGCAUGCUCUAUGAGGAGCAACGGCCGCACAUGUUGGACAGAGAGCGUAUGGAACGAGAUCGAGAGAGGGAGCGGGACCGCGAGAUAGAAUUACAGCGUGCGCAACGGGAACGAACAUCAUCAGAUCCAACGCGCCCUCCUGGGCAACAUCUUGGGGAGCAUCCCCCCCAACCCUCGUCUCGACAACCACCUCCAGCACAUUAUGGCCGGCCUGACCCUCGUGACCCACAUGCCUGGCAGCGGCCUGGAUAUGAGCAGCCGCCGAGAGAUGUGUACGGUCAGCCUUAUCCUGCACACCGCCCAGGCGAGUUCCCAUCGACAACUGCGCCCCCAUACGGCAACCAUCCUGCCUACGCACAUCAACCACCGCCCGAACGCUUCCCUCCUCCUCCUCCCACCGGCCAGCCGCCGCAUCACGCUAAUCCCCAAACUCAGCCUGGGCCUCCUCCAGGUCAUCCGUUUGAGUCACCAGAUAGACUUCGAUUCGCCCCAUUGCAUGCUCAGCACCAACAGCAACGUGGACCGCCACCAGGAGGUCGCUCAAAUGAGGAAGGCCCCCCUCCACCAUCAGUUGCGUAUAAUGGUGGUCCCGGCGCUGCUGCCUUCGAAGCCGGGCGACCUCGGCCUAUCGAUGAUGGUCCCUCCCAUACAGGUCCGCAGAGAGGGCUUCUGGGGGUGCAGGAAAUCAACCGUAAAGGGCGACUCUCGCCAUUGCCACAGGCAGUUCAAGGGGCGCAACCCCUGUUGCAAGGGCCAGCAGGGGAGCCUGGGAUUAAAAGUGAGUUUGGCCGCAUGUUUUCUGGCAUUGGAAGCGGUGUACGCGGCAUUGGCGUCUCUAGCCCGGGUCCGUCCGGUGCCCAAGUACCCUUUUCUAAUCCUAGCAUUCGACGCGACGAUGUCGAGCCACCUCACCAAGAACCGACUAGUGAACCUUCCACGAAGCCGCGCAGGAAACGCGGGAAGCCUAAAGAGGAAGAUGUGAAAGGCGAGGAGGAUAGCAACGGCCGAGCAACCCCCGUUGGGAGAACAAAGCGUGCCAAAACGCAUGCCCACCAUCACCAUCACCAUCACCACCACCAUCACCACCACGUACCUGAGCGGACAUCUUCGCCACUGCAAGGGAUAGGUGGUUCGCUCAAGAACCUAAAGUCGACGACCCCUAUCCCAUCGCCUACUAACAGAGAUUACGCUUUCACACAUCAUCAUCACCAACCACCAAGGUCAAACCCCAACUCUACCGCCAAACAGCCUCCACCUGGCCCUACUAUAAUUCCGAAACCGAAGCAGAAGGUUUCAUCGCAGGUCGUGCUUGAUAGCGUGGCCGAUCGCCCUCGCAAACAUCUAGGCGAUGUUGUGUAUAGUGUCUUGUUAAAGCCCGCCAAGUUAGAGUCAUCACAUACUAGAUUCGGUUAUUCGACGACGCCCCGGCCUCUGCCUAUGGACAUGAUCAAGGAUAACGAGAAUUCGUCUCUCACCGUUAAGAUACCACGGGUUCACUUGACUCCGUCGGCCCGGGAAGAAAUUACCACUCGUCGGGCAGUAUGGGGCACGGAUGUUUACACAGACGACUCGGAUGUGGUGGCGGCAUGUAUUCAUGCUGGGUGGAUUCGUGGAGAAUGGUCGGACGAUAUAGAUGUAGACUUGCUUGAACUUCAGAAACCAACGUCCAAGUCUAAGCAGCGCAUUCUACCAGUGGAACAACAUUUAGAAGUACUCAAUUCGGUCCCUGCAUCAGGACCGAUCCAUGUACCUGCGGAUCGCGACCUGCAUGUAACUCUGCUCAUUCUCCCGCCACUCGAGAAGUAUGCUAGCUCUACACGAUACGGCAUACAAAGCCGCGAGUUCGGCGGCACCUACAACGGUCGGAAGUCUCUACACGACGGCCUUAGUUUUAUGAUCCUCAGCGUGCGUUGGGUGGAUGGCGCUGCACCGCAGAGUCGGCUCCGUGGCAAAGCGCGUCGAGAACGAAUCCGCAAGGCCAUGAGCGAGGUCAAUCGCAGCCAGGUUGUGGACAUGGGAGAUAUGGAGAUAAUUGGCAAGGCGAAUAAAAACGGACAGCAGAAGCGACGCAGCGCAGAUGGUAAUAAGGAGAACCGUCCCGUGGACGCGGCUGUGUCGACUCCACUGCCGGCAGCGAACGGCAGAACUCCUGACGAUGAGGUCGGUAGUCAGGGCGAAAAUGGUAUACAACAACAACAACAACAACAGCAACAACAGAAUAUAAAAGAGCAGGAUACCUCGGAGUCUAGUGAGACGACGGAGCGCAAACAAACCGAGACGACUGUUUAG